CGCGGGGUGGUCGCGGUUUCUCAUUGACCGCUGGGGAUGGGGCCGCCAGUGGGUCUGGUGGUGAGGCAGCUCCCCAGGGAACUGGCCUAAUGGAUAUGAGAAGCAGUAGAUGUGAUCUCUUGACUUUAAGGUUUUUGACACUGUUCUACGUGACAUUCUUAUUGAAGCCAUUCAGCAGAAUACAAAUAAUACUACAGCACUUGAAUAUGUCCAAAACCACAGAUUCUGCAGCUGAAGUGUUAUUGGAAAAGAGAGGAUGUGCUGGAGUAAUAACUAUGAAUAGACCAAAGGCUCUAAAUGCAUUAAAUCUUUCCAUGAUUCGACAGAUUUAUCCACAGUUAAAGACGUGGGAGAAAGACCCUGAAACCUUUCUAAUAAUUAUAAAGGGAACUGGAGGAAAGGCUUUCUGUGCAGGUGGUGAUAUCAGAGCUAUCACAGAUGCAGGAAAAGUUGGAGAUAGGCUAGCACAAGAUUUCUUCAGAGAAGAAUACAUCCUGAACAAUGCUGUUGGUACCUGCCAGAAGCCGUACGUGGCACUUAUUGAUGGGAUUACAAUGGGAGGCGGUGUUGGUCUGUCGGUCCACGGGCACUUUCGAGUGGCUACUGAGAAGACACUCUUUGCAAUGCCAGAGACAGCAAUAGGCCUUUUUCCUGAUGUAGGUGGAGGCUACUUCUUGCCAAGACUUUCAGGAAAAAUUGGCUAUUACCUUGCUCUUACAGGAUUUAGACUGAAAGGGAGAGAUUUGCAAAAAGCAGGAAUUGCUACACACUUUGUAGAAUCAGAAAAGCUGCCUGCACUAGAGGAAGAUUUGAUAGCACUGAAAUCUCCUUCUAAAGAAAAUGUUGCCGAUGUACUGAAUUCAUAUCACAUGAAGUGCAAAAUUGAUCAAGAGAAGCAGUUCGUACUUGAUGAACAUAUGGACAAGAUUAACAGUUUGUUUUCAGCAAACACCAUGGAGGAAAUCAUUCAAAAUUUGAAGCAGGAUGGUUCUCCUUUUGCUCUUAAGCAGCUAGAGACAAUUAAUAAAAUGUCACCGACGUCCUUAAAAAUGACUUUGAGACAACUUAGAGAAGGAGCUUCCAUGAACUUGCAAGAUGUACUAACUAUGGAAUACAGACUGAGCCAGGCAUGCAUGAGUGGCCAUGACUUCUAUGAAGGUGUUCGAGCAGUGCUGAUUGACAAAGACCAAGUCCCAAAAUGGAAGCCAGCUACCUUAGAAGAAGUAACAGAUGAAUUUGUGGACAAUUGCUUUAAGUCAUUGGGAAACAGCGAUCUCAAAUUAUAAUGAUGGUGUACAAGCCUAUCAAGGGUGUAUUCCUCUGUAUAAUUCUAGGAUCCAAAAAUUAAUAAUGUUGCAGAGACUUUGAUGAAGGAGGUAUGGUAACACUCUUGGGUCUAAUCUGCUUGAGAUGCAUAGUCUGUAGUUUUUACUGUGUCUGUAGUACCAUAAGGAGAAAAUGGAAUCAGGGGAAUAAACUACUUGAAGAAAAGCUUUUUACUAAUUGCUAUUAUGUAAUAAAGACCAUUUGAUUUUUGGAGACAUCUGUUAGUUUAGUGGGGCGAUGCUGAGGAGGCAGCCUGUUUCAGGGAAUAGUGUAUUGGACUGGGAGGCAGGAGAUCUGGGUAUUCCAGCGUCUACCACUGAUCCACUAAAUUGGUUCUGUGCCUCAGUUUCUCCUUUAUAAAGUGUAGAUAAAAAUGUUUAACUUCAUAAAGCACUCAGAGCUAGAGAUGAAAAUGCCAUGUAUGUGAGUGUGCUUGGUAGUGGGCAGUAUUUUCAAUAAUACCAAGGUAAACAGACUAUUCUAAUAACUUACUGGAUUGACAACAAGAAGUUCCUAUGCUACUGAUUUAGCAUCAGGUCAGUAUUAUGACCUAGUAUUUGAUACAGCUUCGUUGUCUGGAAUGGAACUCCAGUUUUACAGAUGAAAUUGUCAGCCAACCUAGCGUAUGAAUAAUAUUUUACAGAGCUAACCAGAUUUAACUGUCAUUGGGAAACAAUGUUAGUCUCAAAGGUGCCACAGGACCCUCUGUUGCUUUUUACAGAUUUAACUGUAUUUUUAAUACAAUUGCCAUUUACCACACUUUAGGUUAUUUUUACAGUUUAAUCUCUAUAAAGAUACCCUGCAUAACAAGGCAUUUACCUUGACUUGAUAAAUCACUAGUGAACUUUCCCUGGUUUUGUGACGACAGUUGAAUUCAGUGGUGGAAUAAUUGCCUCAAAGUGUGGUGAACAUUGAGGGCCAAAUUCACUGCGUCAGCAGCUGCAGCUCUGUUAACUUCAGUCAUGCAUGGAUGAUCUUGACAAUGCAUGACUGCAAUUUAGCUGUACUGACCAAUAAGUGAUAAUUCUGUCUCUACAUCACAGGUGGAUAAGGGCCACAUGCAGCCUAACAAGGAAGAUCUACUGCACGGGGACAAGGGCAGAAUUUGUGGAGGCUAUGGAAGGGGUGCACACCCCUAAGUGGUGCUGCUUAGAUUAUGUGAGUAGAGGGACUAGAGAAUACAUUGCCUCAAGGAUCCUCAAGUCCAGUGGUUUUCAACCUUUUUUCAUUUGCUAACCCCUAAAAAAUUUCAAAUGGAGGUGUGGACUCCUUUGGAAAUCUUAGGCAUCACCUACAGACCCCCAGGGGUCAUGAACCACAGGUUGAAAACCACUGACCUAGUCCAUUCCCUCAACUAAUGGAUGUGGGGUGUAUUAGAAGCCUACUCCAGUCCUUAGACUGAAGUAUCCGCUGCAGAGUGGUUCUGCUCCUGUUCCACAUACAGGGUUCUAGUGAGUUCUCCCUGCUUAGCCCAGUUCCUGGGGCUGAAUGCAAAGGAAAUGAUACUAAGUGGUAGGAAAACCAAGUCUGCUGCCAGGCCCAGUGGCUAGUGCACUUGUUGUCCGCAACAGUAGCUAGAAAAAAGCCAAAGGUAAAAAUUGGAAAGACUCUAACCAAAACAUUAAAAAUGACUGAAAACUGCUGUCUGGCUGCAACAUUCAUGCUUCAGAGCUAGUGUGUAAUUUUCACUUUCUUAACAAAAAUUGAAACUGCAGUUCAUUAAGUUUCCCAGAUUUAAGAGCUUGAUUAGAAAGCCCCCAUCAGUGGCUAUUCCAACUUGAUAAUAGAAAAUGGGAGCAGACGCAAAGGAAGGGGGAAGGAGGACCAGGAAACUUUUUUUAAACCAUAUAAUAAAAAAACCCUCCUCAAAUGUGCAUUAAAGACUGCUGUUCCAUCUCAGGCUUCCGCUGAUAUUAAUAAUGCCCUGAAGUUCCAUAAUGUAACCAGAGCCAAUGGAUGUAAUUAUAUCCUUAUUACGUACAAUUAGCAUUUCCACAAUUCUAUAUGUCGUACAUGGCCACUGAUCUCUGUUCUGUUUGUUCAAAUGGAGACUGUGCUUUUUAUAGUUGACAGGGUAAACUUCAGCAACUCUUUUUCCAGUUAUUUCUAUGGCAAUAGACAAGGUCAUCACAAAUGUAAGUUUUUGACGUCUCUGAAGACUCUAGUCAAGAGGAGGAAAAUGAGCUGAAAGGGGAAGAGCUUUUAUUCAAACAAAUGUGUUCAGUAAUUGGCACUGCCAAAAUAAAAUAGAAUGACAAAGCAGAAAGAGACCGCAGAAUUGUUUACAAGGUCCUCAAAGGUUUGCAGCAAUUAGCCCUACACACUACAUAAUUUAGGCAGCUAGUUGACCUGUAAUCUCUUGGUGCAGAUAAUUAAGGGAGAGAGACAGAAAAGCACUGGUGUCUUGACUAUUCACUAAUAGCUCCUCUACUCAGUGGCCUUGCCUUUAAAGUGCGGUGGUAAAAUUUCAGUCCAGCUGCCAGUUAGAGUAAUGAGAUACAUUUUGUUAUUAAUGGUAAAAUUUUCAAAAAAAAGAACCACCAAAACUUUAAAUGAUUAUAAGCUCUGAAGGAACAAGGUAAGUUCUCAUAUAUUCAGCAAAAUUCUGUUUGUUCCAUUAUUCUUGUGCAAAAUGUAAAGUCAUCUAUUGUGUGUUUAAUAAACGAGGCCAAGAUUUUGAGCUCCUUGCGGCAGGAAUCAUGCCGUCUCUGCUUGCAAAGUACAUAGCACACUGCUGGCAUUGCAAGAUUUUAUAUGUAUAAAUUAAUAUACUCAGAACGGGAUGUAAUGUGUAUUUUAAUCAAAUAAAAACCUUACAAGCAAUUAA